AUGAAUAAUAAUUUUAAGGUUUCACGAUUUAUUAAAUUCUUUCUAGUGAUUUUCACCUAUCAAGUUAAUAAUAUAUGUGCUCAAAUACAAUAUGAUGAUUAAGUUCCAUUUAUUUACUAUUAAUAAUCAAUCAAACUUAGAUUUUAUAAGGAAGAUAAUCCAUAGUUUUAAGUAAUUGAUUUCUCUUCAAAAUAGUUUAAAAAACCUCCUUUAGUAAUUGUAGGAGUCGGUUUUUAUAAUAACAAAUGGGAUCCAGAUAAACAAAUUUUAUUUGAACUUGUUGCUUCAUCUAUAACAAACACUUAAUGUAAUAUAACACUAAUUUCUGAUUAAAGCACAAGCUAUUUAACAGGCAUUAAAGUUAACAUAUUAGCUAUUGAUACUUCUUAAUUUCCUUUUGUAAAUGUUAUAAAUUAAAAUUAACAAAAUAUUAAUUUUGACAAUUACUAAUUUUAAGAAAAGAGGUCAUACUCUUCUACCCUCUAAGGUACUAAGAAUGUUAUGGUAGUAGUUAGAGGCUGGAAAUCUUCUGCUAAAGAUUCUACAAUGAAUAGUUUUAGUUUAACAGUUUUUGCUACAAAUGUAGAUAAUUAAAAUUAUAUUAUUACAAUUACUACAAGUUAAUUAUCUCUAACUAUAUUUGAUGUAUAUUAUACAAUAAUCGAAUAUGUUGUUAAUCCUCCUAGUUAAUAUGGGAUUAUUUCAAACUAUGACAAUAAAUACUAAAACCCUACUAAUGAAGCAUGUUUUUCUUCACAAAAUUGUACAAAUUAUAAGAGAUAUUUUCCUGUAUAUUUUAAAAUAGUUAAAAUUUAAAUUACAUAAUAACAAAAUUAUAGUAAUUUUUAUACUUCUAUAAACUAAUAUUAGUUUAGUACUUUUAAAUUUGAAUAAGAUCCUAGGCUAGAAUUAACUAAUUAUACACUUAAUUCAGAUACAAUAACAUAUAGUUAUCAUACUUGGGAUUCAUCAAUAUGCACAGGAUCUACUUCAAGUUUUCUAUUCUUUUAUAGAAAAGUAUGUUAGAAUAACUAAGAUAUUGAUAUAACUGGAAAUAUUUGUAUAAAUAAAUGCAAUAUUAAAAAUCCUUUAAAUGAUUAACAAUGCUUAGAUUGUUCUUCAGGAUAAUAUUUUUUGUAAGAUAAAUAACUUUGCUAAACUGAAAUACCAGUGGGCUAUGAGUGCACUCAAAUAGAUUAAUUUUAUAAAUGUUAAAAUUGCAAAAUAGAUAAUUGUUAAAUUUGUAAAGAAGGAAAUCCUAGUCAAUUUAAUUGCACUUAAUGCAUAAACACAUUUUACUUAUUUAAUAAUUAAUGCUUUUCUAAGUAACCUGAUAAUACAAUAUGUAAUGAUAAUUUAAUUUGCUAAGAUUGCAGUGAAAAAACUUGCUUAACAUGUAUUUUAUCUUAAGAAUAAAACUUGUAAUGCUAAACAUGCUAUGAUUAAUAGAUACCUUAUUAAGGUAAAUGCUACAAAAAAGAUAAUCCUCCAAAUAAUACUUAUUGUGAUUGGUCUAAGCUGAUCUGUUUGCCAUGUACAGAUUUAAGCUGCAAAAUUUGCAGUAAUCCUAAUUCAAUUCCUUAACAAUGCCUAAGUUGCUAGGAUAAUCAAUUUUUAUAUGAUGGCAAAUGCUAUUCAUAAAAUAACCCUCCAAAUAAUACUUAUUGUGAUUAGGCUACUUUAAAAUGCUAAAAAUGCAAUGAUAUUAACUGUGCGACUUGCAGUGAUCCUUCUAAGAGUCCUUAAUAAUGUUUAAGCUGUUCGAAUAAUUAAAUCAUUUUCAACGGCCAAUGUUACACAAAAGAAAACCCUCCAAAUAACACUUAUUGUGACUGGAUUAAUUUAAAAUGCUAACCAUGCAAUGAUAUUAACUGUGCGACUUGCAGUGAUCCUUCUAAGGGUCUUUAGAAAUGUUUAAGUUGUGUGAAUAAAUCAAUUCUUUUCAACGGUUAAUGUUACACAAAAGAUAACCCUCCAAAUAACACUUAUUGCGAUUGGGUAAGUUUAAAAUGUUAACUAUGUAAUGAUAUUAACUGUCUGACUUGCAGUGAUCCUAAUUAAUAAAAUUAAUAUUGCUUAUCUUGCUAAAAAGAAUUACAAUACUUAUUUAAUGGAAAGUGUUACUGUGGAAAUGGAAAAUUUGGUAUUGGAUGUAAAUAAAAUUGCAUUCAAAGUUGCAUAUUAUGUUAAGAUUAAUCUUCAUGCGAUAAAUAUUCAUAAGAACGUAUUUAUUAAAAGGAGGAUUGCCAUUUUUCAUGUUCAAAAUGUUACAUACCACAUAAAGAUUAUGCUUGUCAAGAAUGUAGUUCAGAUACUCGCUAAAUAUAACAAUUGACAAGCUCGUGUUCUUGUAAAGAAGGAUAUAUAGAGAGUGGAGUAGCUGAGUGUAAAAUUGAAUAAACACUAUAACCAAACAAUAACUUUUAAAGUUCUAUCAAGGCACGUUAAUGA